AUGGAUCUCUUCCGCCGUCUAAUUCCUACAAACAAAAAUGGAGGACCUGACCACGCCCAGCAGGGGCGUCUUCCUCCGAGCAAGUGCGUCAUGUCCAACUUCAGCUUUGGAAAUACGCUCGGAACAGGUUCCUUUGGACGCGUGUUCAUCGCGAAGAGGAAAGAUGACCCAAAAGCUCCUCCGGUGGCCAUCAAGCGUCUGAAAAAGGCUGCUGUUAUCCGGCAGAAGCAGGUGGACCACAUUCUCUCUGAGAAGCGAAUUCUUCAGAUGAUCAACCAUCCCUUCACGGUCAAUAUGCUAGGGACCUUCAAGGAUGAUCGUUACCUCUACAUAGUGAUGGAAUAUGUGAUUGGUGGCGAAUUUUUCACCCUGCUGAGGAAGUCUCGGCGUUUCGAGAAUGAUGCAGCGCGGUUUUAUGCGGGGCAAGUCACGCUGAUUUUUGAGUACCUGCACGGCAGAAAUAUCAUCUACAGGGACCUCAAGCCGGAGAAUCUUCUAGUCGAUGCCGAAGGGUAUUUGAAGCUGGCAGACUUCGGUUUCGCGAAAAUCAUUGAGUACCGAACGUACACGCUUUGCGGAACUCCAGAAUAUAUCGCUCCUGAAGUUCUUUUAAACAAAGGUCACGGGAAGCCUGUCGACUGGUGGACGCUUGGAAUCCUGAUCUACGAGAUGAUCCUUGGUUACCCGCCCUUCUUUGACGACGAACCCAUGGGAGUAUACCAGAAGAUCCUGGGAGGAAGGAUUGCUUUCCCGAAGUUCUUUGACAAAAACGCGAAAAUCCUCGUGAAGCGCCUGUUGACACCUGACCUCGCUCAACGCUACGGUAACCUCAAGAAUGGAGUGGCCGAUAUCAAGGAGCACCGGUGGUUCGCGGGCUUUGACUGGAACGCAUGCUUGAAGAAGCAGUUGCCUUCGCCUUACAAGCCACCUGUUAGGGGAAUGGAUGACACUUCCAAUUUUGAAGCGUACCCAGAGUCAACCGAACAAACACCACCUGUGACUGGUAACAUGGAUCCUUUCACGUCGUGGUAA